AUGUCGGGCAUUACCAACCCGCAUCCGAGUCCGAAUGAAGAAUAUGCCGAAUAUCCUCUGCCAACCAUUGAAUUGCCCAAUGUCGAGGAUCGCCAUCACCUCGAACGAGAGGCGACCGCCGAUGUCCACCAAUAUGACUCGCUCGAGCCACCGGAACCGACACCUCGAUCGCAUCGAGUGCGCUUCCGUUCCAUGAGUCUGAGGCGCAAUGAGUCGCGCGAUGUGACCGACGGCUCUGAUCUGUCGCGCCCAUUGUUGCCCGCCGACCUCAGCGAAGUGCCGCUGUCCGGAAGCAUCACCCCGCCCGCCCCCACACAUUCCAGGCACGGGUCUGGUCUGGCGAACAUGCAGACCCUAGAUGAAGAUCAAUCGGAGAAACACGAUUUCGCCACCGACAUCCAUCGCACGACGUCUUCCAAGGACCGAUUUAGAGCUGCUGGUCAGCUGCUCCGUCAGAAAACUGCACGGUUGACGGAACGCCUCGGUCGGCCACCGGAUGAGGGCGAAGCGCUGAAUGCGUCGUACAUUCCGGACGAUUUUGACAGUAUCCCGCUGGAGCAGCUUCAAGCUCGCCGCGCUCGGCAUGAUGCGGAUAGAGCACAAGCAUUGGAGAACGGCGAGGAGCUGCAUCAGCCUCCCGCCAGUGCCGAGGCGCAUCGUCUCGUUCGCAGCAUGACCAUGGUUCAGGAUCAGCUGCGCAAACGCAAACCGCAGAGCGCAUACCAGCGGUCGGGCCAGACUACCCCCGAGGGUCUGAUCAAAGACUUUGCGCAGCGCCGUCGGUCCAGUGGGUUCGGCGGUGGAAGUGGCAUCUUGUCGCAACUGCUGAAGCUCCAAGCGACCACCACGGGCAGUUCCUCGCGCGCCGAGAGUGUGAUUACCGAUGACUCCGACAGCGACACGCAGGUGUCUUCGGGCACGACCACGCCCAAGAAGGGCUCCCGCUCUCCGACUAUCACCCCAUCCAUGCCCACCUCUGGUUCCGCUACACCGCGCAAGGAAAAGCUCAAGUGGUACAAGAAACCGUCUCAUCGCUCUACCUCCUCGUUGAUCAAUGCCUCGAUGAACCUGAGCACUACCAGCUUGCCCGCCGUGGCUGAUGUCACUCCCGGCGCGAAACGCAGAAAGGCCAAGCGCAAGACUCGCCUGGAGGAUGAGAUCCGUGUGACGGUACACAUCGCAGAGAUCAUUGCGCGACAACGCUAUAUCAUGCAACUGUGCCGUGCGCUCAUGCGAUACGGUGCCCCGACUCAUCGUCUCGAAGAGUACAUGCAGAUGACGGCCCGUGUUCUGGAGGUUUCGGGUCAGUUCCUGUAUCUACCGGGAUGUAUGAUCAUGUCCUUUGAUGACCCGACCACCCGCACAGCUGAAGUCAAACUUGUGCGUAUGGUGCAGGGUGUCGAUCUUGGGCGACUGGCCGAUACGCACAAUGUCUACAAGAACGUUGUUCAUGAUUUGAUCGGCGUCGAGGAGGCCACUCAUGAGCUGGAUGAGAUCAUGCAGCGCAAGCCCCGAUUCAACAAAUGGAUCUUGGUGGUGAUGUACGGCCUGGCUAGUUCCACUGUUGGUCCGUUCGCUUUUAGCGCACGACCGAUUGACAUGCCUCUGAUUUUCUGUCUGGGCUGUUUAGUCGGUCUGAUGCAGCACGUCUUGGCACCUAAAUCAACAUUGUAUUCCAAUGUCUUCGAGGUCACGGCUGCGGUUUUAACCUCAUUCCUAGCCCGUGCGUUUGGCAGUAUUAGGGUUACUCGGAAUGGGCAAUCCGAGGAGCUUUUCUGCUUCUCGGCUAUGGCUCAGUCGUCUAUCGCGUUGAUCUUGCCUGGUUUCAUGGUUCUGUGCAGCAGUCUGGAACUGCAAUCUCACCAGAUGAUCGCUGGAUCGAUCCGCAUGGUGUAUGCCAUUAUCUACUCUCUGUUCUUGGGUUACGGUAUUACGGUCGGAACUACGAUAUACGGUUUAAUGGAUGGAAACGCAACCUCCUCGUCAACAUGUUCGGGUCUCGAUGUCUACGGCUCAACGUACCUACGCCAAUUCCCCUUCGUGGCCAUCUACGCCGUCUUCCUCGCCAUUGUCAAUCACGGCAAGUGGAAGCAGAUGCCUGUCAUGGUCUUCAUCGCUGUCUCCGGAUACAUUGCCAACUACUUCAGCACCACCAAGCUCGGGUCUCAAUCCGAAGUCGCCAACACUGUCGGUGCUUUCACAAUCGGUGUCUUGGGCAAUCUCUACAGUCGAUUAUGGCACGGUCAUGCAGCCACUGCCAUUCUCCCCGGUAUCUUUGUGCUCGUGCCAUCUGGUCUCGCAUCUAGUGGAUCUUUGAUUGCCGGAAUCCGAUACGCCGACGAGGUCCGACAGAAUCUCAAAAAUAACGGCACCAGUUCAUCGACCAGCGUUCUUUCCGAAACCUCAGUGGCUAGUCUUGGAUUUGGUAUGAUUCAAGUCGCCAUUGGUAUUACAGUCGGACUCUUCAUUGCCGCCUUGGUUGUCUAUCCAUACGGCAAGAAGCGCACUGGCCUUUUCAGCUUCUAA